GAAGAGAAUAUUAUGACAUUUGUGAAGAACGAGCUGAAGAUGUUCAAGAGGAUUCUUAGUCCAGAACUCCCAGAAGGCUUUGAGAGUCAGAAGCAGGAUAAGGAAGUGGAUGCUGAAGAUGAGAAGCAGGAGAGCAGUGCCAGAGAGGGGGCUCUGAAGAUCACACUGCACGUCCUGAGGAAAAUGAACCAGAAGGAGCUUGCUGACACACUGGAGAAAAAUGAGCUUGCUGUGAUUUGCCAACGUGAACUCAAAUCUAAUCUAAAGAAGAAGUUUCAAUGUGUAUUUGAGGGGAUCGCUAAACAAGGAAACCCAACACUUCUCAAUAGGAUCUACACAGAGCUCUACAUCACAGAGGGUGGAACAGGAGAGGUCAAUAAUGAACAUGAGCUGAGACAGAUUGAGACAACAACCAGGACACAAGCAAGACCAGAGACUGCAAUCAAAUGUAAUGACAUCUUCAAACCCUUAACUGGACAAGACAAACCUAUCAGAACUGUGCUGACAAAGGGAGUCGCUGGCAUUGGAAAAACAGUCUCUGUACAGAAAUUCAUUCUGGACUGGGCUGAAGGAAAAGCAAAUCAGGAUGUUCAAUUUGUUUUUUCAUUCCCUUUUCGGGAGCUGAAUUUGAUGAAAGAGAAAAAACACACUUUGAUUGAACUUCUCUAUCACUUCUCAAUGGAAACCAAAGAAUCAAGGAUCUCCAAAUACGACAAGUACAAAAUUCUGUUCAUCUUUGAUGGUCUGGAUGAGUGCCGACUCCCCCUAGACUUCCAGAACAACAAGAUGUGUUGUGACGUCACAGAGUCAACCUCAGUGGAUGUUCUGCUGACAAAUCUCAUCAAGGGAAACCUGCUUCCCUCUGCUCUCCUCUGGAUAACUACCCGACCUGCAGCAGCCAAUAAGAUCCCUUCUGAGUGUGUUGACCAGGUGACAGAGGUACAAGGGUUCAAUGACCCACAGAAGGAGGAGUACUUCAGGAAGAGAUUCAGUGAUGAGGACCUGGCCAGCAGAAUCAUCUCACACAUAAAGACAUCAAGGAGCCUCCACAUCAUGUGCCACAUUCCAGUCUUCUGUUGGAUUUCUGCAACAGUCCUUGAACACAUGCUGAAACAUAAGAGAGAAGAGAUGCCCAAUACUCUGACUGAGAUGUACACACACCUUGUGGUGUUUCAUACCAUGAAGAAGAAUGAAAAGUAUCUUGGGAAAGAAGAGACAGGUCCACACUGGAAUAAAGAGAGCAUUCUGUCACUGGGAAAACUGGCUUUUCAACAGCUUGUGAAUGGCAAUCUGAUUUUCUAUGAAGAAGACCUGAAAGAGGCUGGCAUUGAUGUCAAUGAAGCCUCAGUGUACUCAGGAUUGUGCACACAGAUUUUUAAAGAGGAAUGUGGGCUGUACCAGGACAAGGUGUACUGCUUUGUUCAUCUGAGCAUUCAGGAGUUUCUGGCUGCUGUAUAUGUGUUCCUCUCAUUCAGCAACAACAAUGAGAAUCUAAUGGCCGAACCUCAAUCAACAUCCAGGAACGUUUAUGUGAGGAUCAGACAGAAAAUUAAAGUCACCGUCUACAAGAGCGCUGUGGAUGAAGCCUUACAAAGUGAGACGGGAAACCUGGACCUUUUCCUCCGCUUCCUUCUGGGCCUCUCACUGGAGUCCAAUCAGAAGCACUUACGAGGUCUACUGACAAAGACAAGAAGCAGCUCACAGAGCCAUGAAAAAACAGUCAAGUACAUCAAGGAGAAGAUCAGGGAGAAUCCCUCUCCAGAGAGGUGCAUCAAUCUGUUCCACUGUCUGAAUGAACUGAAUGACCAUUCUCUAGUGGAGGAGAUCCAAAGCUACCUGAGAUCAGGAAGUGUCUCCAGUGAUGAACUCUUACCUGCACAGUGGUCAGCUCUGGUCUUUGUGUUGCUGACUUCAGAAAAGGAGCCGGAUGUGUUUGACCUGAAGAAAUACUCCAGAUCAGAGGAAGGUCUUCUGAGGCUGCUGCCAGUGGUCAAAGUCUCCAGAGCUGCUCUGCUGACAGGCUGUGGGGUCACUGAGGAAGGCUGUGCUUCUCUGGCCUCUGCUCUGAGGUCAAACCCCUCACACCUGAAAGAGCUGGAUCUGAGUAACAAUGACCUGAAGGAUUCAGGAGUGAAGCUGCUCUCUGACGGACUGGGGAAUCCCCACUGUAAACUGGAGACUCUGAGGUCAGUAUUCCUGUUGUCAUGACGUUGGGCUGGGGGUAGGUUUAUGACAGUCAUAAAUACCUCUUCCCCCCCUUUUCCUCCCUCUACCCUACUGAUGUGACAUUUAAAUCCCCCUUGGUUAACAUAGAGUUUCUGGGAACAUCAGAAGGUGGGGGGAAAUGAAUCAUAUUCUGGUAAUCUGACCAAUGGAACAUAUGCAGUGGUACUUAAUGAAUAUGAUGUCAGUUCGGUUGUCAUCUGAGACAUUCUCAUCAAUGAUAGGAUGACAUAAACUCUAGUCUGAGCAUUGUAGUUAUCGGAUUCACAUGGAAUUGUUGUUCAAUUUAAAUGUUUGAACAUAAAAUUAUUGGUGAAAAGAUUAAAUGUAAUUUUAGCUUCCAAAUGAG